AUGUUUCAAGUGAAAGAAACAUCACAACGUUUUCACCUAUCAGAUCAUUGGAUGAAAUUACGAAGUGAAACUUCAUUAGUCGAGAAAAAAAUAACAGUGAAUCAUAUUGAAAAUUUAGCAAAUGAAACCUUCUACGAAAUAUUCAAUUACUUAAAUAGUUGUUAUGUCCAUCAAGCAUUUUUUGAUUUAAAUGCUCGUUUCCGAAAUCUCUUAACCGACUCGAAAUUUUUUUUGAAAAUUCAACUUUCAAUGGAAUCAUAUUUAACAAUCGAUGAUGAAUACGAACGAUAUAUUUUAUCCAAUCGACAUCAUGUUCUUUCAUUUUCUUUUGAUUAUGACUUUUACGAUCAACAAUUCAUUCGAUUAUCUCCUCAUAUCGACUCAACAUGUGUUCAUUUGGAAUCCAUCAAUGUCAAAAAUGUUCCGAUAUUGCAACUUCGUGUACUUCUUUCACAACUGAAAUCAUUACCACUGCUUUCUUCGUUACAAGUUUACUUUCAUACUGUCGAUAAUUAUCUGGUUGAUGUCUAUCAGAGCAUUUUUCAAUUACGCUUUCUGAAAUAUCUCAAAAUCGUUGUUUCUCAAUAUCGAAAGGAAAAUUUUCUUCUUCCAAUGGCAACUGCUGAACAAUAUACAUCAAUCGAAUUCUUCUCGUUCUGUCAUCGUUUAAGUCUCGAAGAACUGAUGAAUCUUCUUUCAUACACACCACGACUAACACAUUUACAUUGUUCGUUCAUUGAACGAAUUGGAUAUAUAAAUCCCAUGGAAAUCGUUAUGAACAUGAAUCAUUUAGUUUAUUUUAAUCUUCGUAUUGAUGAUAUUCCAUCGGAUGCUUGUCGAACAUUUCUUGCAAAAUUACCGUCACAAUUGAAAGCGUUGACUAUCAAAAUUGUCAAUGAUAAUAAAAGCUAUUUCGAUGCGUAUGCAUGGGAACAAUUGAUUCGUGAAAACAUGCCUAAUUUACAAAAAUUCACUUGCCAUUGGACUGAAUUUCUUUCCAGUACAUUCCAAAUUACCGAUUGUCAUCGAACAAUUUCGAAUUAUCUGUCACCAUUUUGGAUCAACAAACAGUGGCACUUUAGAAUCAUGAUUUCUUGUGAUGAAGUUGCAUAUAGCAUUCGUCAUAACGAAAACGAAUGGUACGAUUUUCAAGAACACGCACCUUAUGAUGGAAAUUUGACGUCAUAUUAUUCUUAUCCUGGUGUGAAUGUAACCCUAUGGGACAUUGAUUCACUGGAUGAUACAUCCUAUUUUGUUCGACUCAAUCGUUUAUUUAGAUUAACUGAUGUAACCCGUUUGGUUAUACCGAGUUUUUCUUGUCCUACAAAGGAAUUUGUUACUAUUCUUCGGUUAUUACCAAAUGUGACUAUGUUAUGUCUUACAUUGUCGUCGAGUUCAUCAGAAUUUCUUCAAGCUGAAGAUGAUAUGGAUCGACUUCGACGAUGUUUGAAAACGAGCAAAAUUACACAUGUGACAGUAACAAAUUUGUAUAGUGAAAAUGAUGUGAACUUGAUUGUUGAUCUUUUCCCUCGAAUGCAAUCAUUCGUAGCAACAACGAUUCCGAAUGAUCGUCUUAUAUCAAUGACUGAAUGGACAUUGAAACGAAUAAAGUGCAAUCAAAUGAUUGAACCGAUGAGCGUUUGUAUUGUAAUCGAGAAAGGAACGGAUGAUCAAAUUGCAAAAUUACAUGAAAUGAUUGACAAGGAAAAGUUAUUGAGUAAUUACACAAUCGAUCGACGAUCGAAUAAGUUUUAUAUAAAAUUUAAUUGUUGA